AUGGGUAUGCAUUUCGGGAUCAGUGAUGAUGAUAAUGGCAAGUCUCGUCGUUUCGGAUUUAUCGGAUAUCGUACAGAACAACAGGCCAAAGACGCGUUAGAAUACUUCAACAAUACCUACAUUUACACAUCCAAAAUUAUAGUUCAAUUUGCAGUACCCGUAGAUGAUCGAUUAUUGCCUCGUCCAUGGAGCGCUCACAGCGUUGGAUCGUCUGCAUAUAAAAGAAGACAUACAGCGGAAAAUACGCAGCCUGUAAAAAGCGAAACAAUCCAACAACGUGGAGGAAGUAAUAAAAGCAAUAAAGCUUCAGCCAUAGAGGACAAAAAACUCAAAGAAUACCUUGAAGUCAUGCAGCCGCGAUCUACAUCUAAAAUAUGGGCUAAUGACGACUCGAUAACGUUGACUGGUGCAGAGGAUAUUGUUAUUAAAGGUGGUAAGGAAGAUGAGUUAUACGAAGAUCUGCCUAAGAGUAAAAGUAAUCAUGCUUCGAAGAUUCCCGAGGAUGUUAACAACAGCGUGGAGCAGGAACAAAACGAUGACGAACAAUCAAACAAUGGCAUUGCGGAUAGUAGUGAAAUAAAUAAGGAUUUAUCUUUAUCUGAUAUGGAUUGGCUGAAAUCAAAGAUGCGAAGGAAACUUGACUUGAAUGAAAAUGAGGAGGAUGAUAUUCCAGAAAGCUCAAGCGAAGCCUCUGCUCCCUCAGAGAAUGGAUCAAAUCAUAGUUCAAUCGAUGAUCAAGCAGAAGGAUAUUCAUCAAAUAUUGGCUUUUCAGAACGAGGCGAUAAUGAUAUCGUUAAGGCAAAUGCAAGAGCGAAUAUGACAAAUGACAAAUCUCAAGAAAUUACAGAAAAUAGCAGCACGACAAACGAAACGACAGUUCAAACCGUGCCUUCUGAAGAAACAAUAGCGGAGACUGGGCGACUAUUUGUUCGUAAUCUCCCUUACGUCUGCACCGAGUCUGAUCUCCGCAACACAUUUAAUAAAUUUGGUCCACUUGCAGAGGUUCACAUGCCGAUUGAUCGUAAUUCGAAGAAACCCAAAGGGUUCGCGUAUAUACUCUAUCAUAUUUCCGAACAUGCAGUAAAAGCAUACAUUGAGCUAGAUAAUAAAUUCUUCAUGGGACGCUUAUUACAUAUCAUUCCGUCACGGGAGAAACCGAAUAAAAAGGAUGAGUAUGCGCAUAUGACACACAAGCAAAAGAAAGAAAUGAAACAAAAAGAAAUAGCUGCCAAAGAUUUUAACUGGAGUUCUUUAUAUAUGAAUCCAGAUGCAGUGGCAGAGUCAAUUGCACAUAGGCUAAACGUUAAGAAGUCAGACAUCCUUAAUCCUGAGGCGGAUAACAUGGCUGCUAGAUUAGCAUUGGCAGAAACUCACGUUAUACAAGAGACUAAAACAUUUUUGAAAGAAAAUGGGGUAUCACUGGACGCUUUUGCAAACAAGGAAAGGAGCGAUACUGUUAUUCUCGUAAAGAAUAUACCUUUCAACGUUACAGAAGACGAAUUAAAAGAGUUAUUUGAGUGGUAUGGAGAUCUUGGACGGGUCCUCCUUCCGCCUGCUAAAACAAUCGCAAUAAUUGAAUUCCUACAUCCUACCGAAGCCAGAUCAGCAUUCACGAGUCUGGCGUAUCAAAAAUUUAAAAGUUUACCUCUGUAUCUAGAGAAAGCACCAGUCAACAUUUUCCCCACUACACCAGAAGCCACACAACCUGUUUCCGCCAACGAUAUUGCUGAGCCAACUUUGGAAGAUGGUAAAGAGGAUCUAGAAGCAGAUGCAGUAGCUACACUAUUUGUGAAGAACUUGAAUUUUAAUACUACUGAAGAUGGGCUAAGAGAAGUGUUUAAGAAUGCACAUGGUUUGAAAAGUGUGAGAAUUAAGAUGAAAAAAGAUCCGAAAAAUCCAGAGAAAUAUUUGAGCAUGGGCUUUGGAUUUGUCGAGUAUGAUUCUGUGAAAAAUGCAAAGAAUGCAAUGAAGGCCCUGCAGGGUUUUGUACUUGAUGGUCAUGCGCUUCAAUUGAAAUUUUCUAACAAGGGCGUAGACCCUGCUCAGCAAAGACGUGAAGAAGAUGCAACAGCCAAGACAAAGGCAGUGUCGACUAAGGUUAUUGUUAAGAAUGUUGCCUUUGAAACGACCAAGAAAGAUCUAAGGGAAUUAUUUGGUGCGUACGGUCAGAUUAAAUCACUCCGCAUUCCCAAAAAGUUUGAUGGUACGUCGCGUGGUUUUGCAUUCAUCGAGUUUUUGACCAAGCGCGAUGCCCGUAACGUAAUGGAACAGCUAUCUCAUACACAUUUAUUGGGGAGACAUCUUGUUUUAAAUUACGCCGAGGAGGAUAAGAACGUGGAAGAAUUGAGAGAAAAAGUAAGAAGAGAGUAUGUAGGAGAGACUGGGAGCGGAAGAGCAAAAAAGAAAAGUAAAAUCAACCUAGAGGAAUGGCAGAAGAGUGUUGAGGGAGAAGAUAUGGACGAAGACUAG